GAGGGGGCGUCCACGGGUCCUGCCCACAUCCCCGCCCACUUCCGGCGCGGCGGGCGGGCGACUGAGGGAGGAGGAGAAGUCGCGUCGCCGCCCCUGCCCCGGGCCAGCCCCGGGAUGGUGUUGGCCGCGGGAGCCGGGCCCUGACGCUGCGCUCAGACUGAAGACAGCAGUAAUGCUAACUCUGGCGAGCAAGUUGAAGCGGGAUGAUGGUGUCAGAGGACCCCGUGCAUCCAAUCCAGCUUCUGAUUCCACUCGGAGGGUGUCUGUUCGAGAUAAAUUGCUUGUUAAAGAGGUUGCAGAACUUGAAGCUAAUUUACCUUGUACAUGUAAAGUGAAUUUUCCUGACCCAAACAAGCUUCAUUACUUUCAGCUAACUGUAAUCCCAGAUGAGGGCUAUUACCAAGGUGGAAAAUUUCAGUUUGAAAUUGAAGUUCCUGAUGCCUACAAUAUGGUGCCUCCGAAAGUAAAAUGCUUGACAAGAAUCUGGCAUCCAAACAUUACAGAGACGGGAGAAAUCUGCUUAAGUUUAUUGAGAGAACAUUCAAUUGAUGGCACUGGCUGGGCUCCAACUAGAACAUUAAAGGAUGUUGUCUGGGGAUUAAACUCUUUAUUUACUGAUCUUUUGAAUUUUGACGAUCCUUUGAAUAUUGAGGCUGCAGAACAUCAUUUGCGUGACAAGGAGGACUUCAGGAAUAAAGUUGAAGAUUACAUUAAGCGCUACGCGAGAUGAUGAAGGGUGAUGGCCGGCAGGACCACAGCUUCCGUGCUGCAAAGCUGUCUUUAACUUCAACAACACCAACCAGAAGAAAACCAGCCCGGACUGUACCAGUCCCGUGUCCAUGUUGUACCGAAGAAGAAAACUAACUUCAUAACUUGUCCAUGUUAAAAGGAGAGUUCAGCAUAAAUACAGCAAGAAAUUGUGUUUGUUGGUUGAAAAAAAAAAAAAAAGUUGUUUGCUUACUUUUAAAAUGUUUACUCUUCUGAACUGUACUGUAUAUCCUGUUGAUGAGAAAUGCUUGAGAAGUUAAAAGAAAUCACUAUUGGAGUUGUAAUUACACUUUUUUUUUUUUUUUUAAACUCUCUCCUCGUUUGGGGAAAAAAAAAAAAGACAAAAGCAAGCAGGUGGUGUGGGUUUGGAACACUUCAAGUUGGCAAUAAAAUGGUCUCCUGUGAA